AUGCCUGCCGCUCCAGUGUCCACUCCUUGGGGCAGGGCGCAGCCAAAGGUGAGGGAGACGGUGUCGUUCUCUGAGAGACCAAAAAUCUCUCGGAUGGUGCGCUCGAAGGCCGCCCGGCCCUCCAGCCCCGGCCGCACCACCACCUGGUGGGUCUGGCCAUCGUGGGCCACCGUCAUGACGGGGUCGGCCUUGGGAAGGGUGGACCAGCAACCUCUCCAGUCUGGCAGGUCUGCACCGCAGAACCGGCACAUCUGUAGCGGGGCGCAUACUAUUGGGAGUGAUUUGGAGGGGUGGAAACGCGCUCGGGCGCUGCCCUUCCCCGCAAAGCCCUGA